GCAGCGAAUAGAAUAAAAAAUGGUAACACGUGAUCCACCUCCGAUUUCCAAGAAUCGUCCGAACAAUUUGACCGUGAUUCCUACGCAUCCCUUGUGCUUCAAACGACCAUUUAUUUCCAGAUUCUUGGCCAGCAAUCUGAAGCCAUCAAGGAGGAAGCCGAGCUAAGGAGGUAAACUGGCCACAGGAAAAUUUGUGCAUUUCGAUCGCGUUGUUCGUCCGUCCUGAACCCAAGUAUAUGGCAUUCAAACCAGCUUACAGUUUGCUCGGUAUUUCAUUUUAAACGGCUGUGCGAAGACGAAAGGAUGGGACGUAAUUUUUCCGGCAUAAUUCGAUCGUUUCUUCUAAUUUUGGCGCUGUCUACGUACUGUCUUACGGCUGCUCCACCUGAUCUGCAAGCAAGAGUUGAAGAACUUGAGAAAAACUAUGUGAAACCAGGUGCAUAUCUUAUCUUGAUGGAACAUUUGGCAGACAAAAUUGUUGAUUUGGAGACAAAAGUCGGUCGACUGGAAGCUAAAAUUGAAAAACAGGAUUCACUUUUGGCUGUUCUGAAGAAAGGACAUAAACCUUUGAAAGAUAACAUCGACAUCAAUCAACAUCGUCGUCAGAACGCAACUCUUCGUACUUGCCAUGAAAUCCACGUCGCAAAUCCGUCGUACCCCUCCGGUAUGUACUGGAUCGAUCCAGACGGUCAAGGCAUCGGUGAUCCACCAAUCCACGUCCAUUGCGAUAUGGACGGAAAAGAGGCGUCUAGAUAUGGCAAAACAUCCAUUUUGCACGACAGCGAAUCGAAAAUGGACAUUGGAAAUUGCACAGAACCUGGAUGUUACUCGAGGCCAAUCAAAUAUUAUGCGAGUGAUAGACAAAUCCAAGCGUUGAUUCAAUUGUCCCAUGGCUGCUCACAAACCAUUUUGUACUAUUGCAGGAAAUCGCCAUUAAACCACAAGGGGACAGCCUACGCUUGGUGGUUCGACAAAGACGGCAAAAGACAAGAAUUUACCAAUUGGUUGACGGCGUGCGACAAACUCUCUGAAGAUGCAGAAGGCGGUUACGUCACAGACAAGCUGCCGUUCACUCGCUUCCAUUUUAGCAACCCGUUUAAGGGCUCCGGUCAACACGAAGUGUCUCGGUUAGAAUGUCUGGGAAAGGCGAAGACGGAGGCAAUGCCGAGAUCGUGUAAAGAUUUGUGGCGAAUAGGACACACUCUCAACGGAAUCUACUUAGUCAGAGGAGAUAAACGAGUGGAAACUGUUUUCUGCCAAUUCGAUAAACGACCGAAUGAACAAGAUUUCCAGAAGAGGAUUGGAUAUCAAGACAUAAAAACAAAGCCAAUAUACUUCUACGUACAGAAAGACAAACAUUUUUCGGCAAGAGACGUUCCACUUCCGUUUGAGCGUAGCGUAAUCAACAUUGGAGGGGCCAUGGAUUUGGCAAGCGGCGUAUUCACAGCACCCGUCAACGGAAUCUACUUCUUUUCGUUUGCUGGACUCGCGCAAUUUCCGGAGGGUCCAAAUCCAGUGCAAAGGGAACUAGGCGCUAAUCUUUAUAAAAAUGGUGAAAGAGUAGCAGUCAGUCAGGUUAACAAAGGCCACGUCGUAUAUCCGGAUAAUCUAAGUCCAGUCACCCUUCAAAGUACUAUGUCUUUGCAAGCCGGAGACAAAGUAUGGAUCCAGUUUUAUAUUGGGAAAACUGGGGGGUUUCUACACAACAUCAGGCAUGCUUUGCACCCGGGUGGACACACGCAUUUUAACGGGUUGCUUUUAGAAGAAGAAGUCUAAGCAAAACGCAAACAUUUUCCAUCACACUCCAGUUUGGCAGCAAAUACUACGACCACAAACAGAAGGCAUCAACGGGCAUAAAACGACCUUCAAUCCCAUUAUCAAUGUAGUUUCAGAUUUCUGUAGAGACAUUAGAAGAUUAUUGUCGAUAUCUUAGUGAUCAACAUAAUAAAAAAGCUUAACAAAAA